AUGACUGUCGGCAAUCCAGAUACGUGGAUAGAGCAGCUUCGACAAUGCAAGUACCUCCCAGAACCCGACAUCAAGGCGCUCUGUGAAAUGGUCAGAGGCAUCCUCAUGGAAGAGAGCAACAUCCAACCAGUUUCGAGUCCUGUCACAGUCUGCGGCGACAUCCACGGCCAGUUCUGGGACUUGCUGGAGCUCUUCAGAGUCGGAGGAGAGCCACCGGAUACGUCCUAUGUCUUCAUGGGCGACUUUGUGGAUCGAGGUUAUUUCAGCUUGGAGACAUUUACACUACUGAUGGCUUUGAAGGCAAGACAUCCCUCGCGCAUCACAUUGCUUAGAGGCAACCACGAGAGUCGGCAGAUCACACAGGUCUACGGCUUCUACGACGAGUGUCAGCGCAAGUACGGCAACGCCAAUGUUUGGAAGAGCUGCUGCCAGGUGUUCGACUACCUCAACCUCGCUGCCAUCAUCGACGGGCGCGUUCUUUGUGUUCACGGAGGCUUGAGUCCAGACGUCAGGACGUUAGACCAGAUUCGCAUCAUCGCUCGAGCCCAGGAAGUGCCGCACGAAGGUGCGUUCUGCGAUUUGAUGUGGAGUGAUCCAGACGACAUUGACACCUGGCGGGUCUCGCCGCGUGGUGCAGGGUGGCUGUUCGGAGGUGCCGUCACCAAGGAGUUCAACCACGUCAAUGGAUUGUCUCUCAUAGCUCGUGCUCAUCAGCUCGUGCAGGAGGGAUACAAGCUCAUGCACGACAAUAACAUUGUCACGGUGUGGUCCGCACCAAAUUACUGCUAUCGCUGCGGCAACGUUGCUUCCAUCUUUGCGGUCGACGAUCUCAUUGCAUACGAAAGCAAGAACUCGGCAUCCGCACUCACCGAUUCGGCGCAGAGCGCGCCGGCAGACGACGAUCAGGAUCCGGACGCAACAAGGACAGAGGCUGAUCGGGACGGCGCAGCAACAGGCGAAGCGGCCAAGCAAGCCGGGAAGCCGUGGGAGGCAACACAGUCCAACUUCAAGAUCUUUGAUGCCGUACCUGAUCAGACGAGGACGGUUACGUUAAAUAGUCAAUACUUCCUCUGA